AGUAGGGGGCAGAGAAAGGCCAUUUUGUCCACGUCAGGAACAUUUUCCCCCUGCAGACUGUCUGCUGUCUGUAUGUUGUUUUGUUUGCAUGUAGAGGGUGAGUGGAAGAGGAGGAACGUGUGCUCAGGCCCUUUUAACAAAGAACCUGGACACUCCGUGUGUGCGAGACUGCAUGUUGUCAUGUUAGAUACAACCUUCCAUCGUUUGCACUUAUGAAAAAGCAGUAUUUAUUUUUCUUUAGCCGAAAGUAGCCAUUCUGUUGAGCCAAAGCAAUAUCUGAAACAGGCACGGUGCGACUUUGUUGUUUUGACUUUUCUGCCUGUUUCAUGUUAUUUAGUUAGCUAGUUUUAGUUUACUCUAGUUGAGCGAAGAUGUCCACUGACUGUCAGAAGACCACAGCCAAGGCCAUCCCGUCGACCAGGAGGGUGACUGUCAACGACGCGGAGCACAUGCCCCACGACUACUCCACUACUCCCGGAGGGACCCUGUUUAGCACGACCCCGGGUGGUACCAGGAUCAUCUACGACCGAAAGUUCCUGCUGGGGUGUCGCAGCUCUCCGGUGGCAAAGACUCCUCCACGAGGUCUGCCCAACAUUCCAGGGGUGACCACUCCUCCCUCCAAAGACACUAAUGAGAAAGCCCAUAAUGGAGAAUUUCUGAACAACAACAACAUCACCGCACCUGACACCAACAACACUGGUGAGGACGCGCAGUUUGAAAUGGACAUCUAGGUGGUGCUGGGAUGAGUAUUGAAAUGUCAGACUUACCAAUAUGAUGCUGUGAAGAAAGGUUCAGGGACACCUUCUCUUUUCCCAUCUUCCAUUCCAUGAAGACAGAGGUUCGCCUUUAGUAUCCACAGUGUCUGAGUGUCUUCAAGUCUGUCUUUGUCAAUCUCGUUUGCUUGUUUUGCCUGGAACAAAUCUGUAAUGAAGCCUUUUCUGUCUGCCUCAAGGCUUAAACCUGAUUUAUGUGUGUCGAAGUGUGCCUUCCUGUAGUGGCAACAAGUUUGAGAUCACCGCUGGGAAGUACUUAACAACAACAAAGCCUCAUCCCUCACUACUGAGAGAAAAUAAUGAAAAUGAAGAUCCAAUUUUCUGAAUUUAUAAGCAUUCCAGAAGGGUUUGUCACUUGAUGUGCUUUUAUUUCCACACAUUUCCUGACACCUCUCUUCAGAUAUUGCCUUGAAAUGUUCAGGUUACUGUAUAAUUUGAUGUAUGGUUGAUCGUGCUCAUCAAAUUUUAAAAAAUUACUUCAUCUGAAGUGUCAUACAGAGAAUGUAAAACAGAAUUUUGCUGAGGAAAUUUUGAAACAGAUUUUUCACAUGGUUUGUAGGGUGACAAAAACAUUAAAGCAAACACCAUUAAAGCAAAAAA